AUGGCUACUCUGACACGAAGCCGCUUGCAGCCUGUUACUUAUUCCCCAGAGGGCGCCGUAACAAUUUCGUACCCGACUCUCCAAUCUUCACCGUUGGCAUUACAGGCAUCAAUUGAAACAGCAUUUGGGUCGGAUCCAAAUGCACUGGGAAUCAUUGUCGUCAAAGACCUGCCGUCAGAUUAUGCUGCUAAGCGGGAACGAUUAUUGAUGUUGGUGAAUCGAUUUGCACGAUUACCGGAGAGCUCGAAGGAGAGGUAUGUGGACCCGAAGAGCCGGUAUAGCUUUGGCUGGUCGCAUGGAAAGGAAAUUAUGAACGGCAAGCCAGACACAUUGAAAGGCUCAUAUUAUGCAAAUCCACUGGUUGACAGUCCAAACAUGAGUGCCGAACAGAGGGAUGCCUAUCCGGAAUACUACGGGGAAAACAUCUGGCCAGCUCCAGACGAACCUGGUGUGGAAGGUUUCGAGGAAGCGUUCAAGGAUCUCGGAAAGUUUAUCUACAAACUUGGCAGCGAACUAGCAGCUGCGUGUCAACCCUUCGCCUCCAAGCACCUUUCGGAUCGUUCGCUCUCUUUACCUGAGCUUAUCUCGAAGCAAACGACGAAGGCUCGCCUGCUCCACUACUUCCCACCAGAACCAGAAUCGCAGGAUACGACGAAACCUAAGGAGGACGAACCUAUCGACAGCUGGUGUGGUUUUCAUCUGGACCACUCACUUCUUACAGGUCUAUGUUCAGCAAUGUACCUCUCCCAAGAACCAGACCAACCCGCGAAGCUCGUACCUUCUCCCUCUCCACACUCUGGGCUCUAUAUCCGCUCGCGUGGCGGAACACUCACGAAGGUGUCCAUCCCCACCGACUGUCUCGCCUUCCAGACUGGUGAAGCACUAGAACUCGCUACUGGCGGGAAGCUCCGCGCCACGCCUCAUUGCGUUCGCGUUGGCUCGUGUAAAGGUGAAGAAGAUGCAAAACGACAAGUUUCGCGUGAGACGUUCGCUCUGUUUAUGCAGCCCGAGACGCACCAGCUGGUCGGACCAGACGAAACGUUCGGCCAGUUCAGUAAGAGGAUAUUCAAUGAACAUUAUAAGGAUAAGGAGACCGGCGUCUCUGCUGCAGCUUAUUAG